AUGUUUCGAUUUCCGUGGAAUGAAGCGCGGAAACUACGGUGGGCUGUCGCUGUGAAGCGAGCAACGCAGCGAGGUGACCUGUGGCAACCGAGUGUUGGAGCACGUUUGUGCGAGGCCCAUUUCGUUACAGGAUCACCGAACACCGAUCCUAAUCAUGUGGAUUACAUCCCAUCACUCUUUUCCUACGAUGCUCAAACAAUGCAACACUCAGAAAAGAAGACGAAAAGAUGUCCUAUACUAGGUGUGGAGGUGCAGACAGAGCCAAUUUCUGCUCGCUGCACAAACUGCAGCAACCUCAUGGAGGAAACUAAGACACUCAAGGCGGAAGUUGCUUCACUGAAGAAUAAGCUGGAAGCACUUCGAGACAGGCAGACCCUGAACAAGGAUGUCACUGCCAUGCGUGAUGACGUGGUGCUAUUUUAUGCAGGCAUAACAAAGGUGCUUUUCAUGGUGAUUUUGAGCACUCUGACACCCCUCAUGCCUGCUGCCCGAAAUGGCUUUCCACUGGGUGCUCAGCUGUUGAUGUUCCUGAUGAAGCUGAGACACAACAUGGCCUUUCAAGACCUUGCUUACCGCUUUGAGGUCUCCCCUAGGACGGCAAGCCGAACCUUCAGAGCCUGGCUGGAAGCUAUGGCACAGCUCUGCCGGGGGUUGAUUGUCUUCCCAAGGCCCGAGGUAGCUCGAAGCUGGCUCACGUUGAAAGAGCGCGAGCACUUCUCCAAGUUGCGAGCUGUCAUUGAUUGCACCGAAGUCUCAGUAUCAAGGCCUCUGAACUUGGACACACAGCAGGUUGUGUGGAGUAGCUACAAACAGAACUCUACUCUGAAGUAUCUAGUGGCAGUCAACCCCCAUGGAGCAGUCGUGUUCGUCUCGAGGGCAUGCGGAGGGAGGGUCUCCGACAAAGAGCUCACCAUCGCCAGCGGAUUUAUGGACCUUCUCGAGGCUGGUGACCAAGUGUUGGCUGACAGAGGGUUCCUGUUGCACGAGGAAUUUUUUGAAAGAAAUGUGCAACUAAUCACGCCGAGGUUUAGGACGAAUCGACUCCAGCUGACGGUACAGGAGGUGACCAACUCUCGGAGAAUCUCCUCUUCCCGGAUCAUAGUGGAAAGAUCAAUCGGCCACUUUAAGAAGUGGAAGAUAAUGACUGGAACUGUGCCACACACACUCGUCAACUUCUACGACGAAAUCAAUGUUGUGGUGGCUGGACUGACCAACCUCUCCCCAACACUGGUGAAGAAUGGUAAGAACAAUCAAAAACAAAACAUAACAGUUCUUCGCAUCUGA